UCGAACUGAACCCUCUCGUGCUCUCUCCUGAUGCUAAUGUAAAUGUUGGAAUAAUAAAACGGUUAGUUGGUGACGUUAGUGACCGUUAGCAGUUUGUCAGUCAGUAUUGAGAGUAAUGCCGACGUUUGACGAGUGGACACUCUGUACGCGAGAUAGGAUAAGGGUCCUGGUCAGUUUAUUAUAGGUUUUAUUCCCUAAUGGCAAAGGAAGAAUGCAAGGAAUGGAACAAAACGGGGGACACUUCAACACUACGAAACAGAAAAGUCCAUUCCACUUCAGUAAAGACCCUCCAGACCCCUUUAUCAAAGGACAAAAGCAGUCCAACUGCUGGACACUUGUCAGAAGAUGACACCCAGUCUUCAAAUGGGACAUCUGCUCAGUUUUCAGUCAGAGAAAACAUCAGUAAGGAGCCUCCAAGCAGAGUGCUGCUGAUGUUGGUGUUGGGGCUGUCUUUCUCUACACGCCUCUACAAAAUAACAGAGCCCCCUCAUGUGUGCUGGGAUGAGACGCACUUUGGAAAAAUGGGAAGCUACUACAUUAACAGGACCUUCUUUUUCGAUGUCCACCCUCCUCUUGGAAAAAUGCUGAUAGGUCUGGCAGGCUACAUGAGCGGUUAUGAUGGCACCUUUCCAUUCAUAAAGCCAGGAGAUAAAUAUGAACACCACAACUACUGGGGGAUGAGAGGGUUUUGUGCUGUGUUGGGCUCCUGUCUCCCAGUCUUUGCCUACCUCAUUGUGCUGGAGUUGUCUCAGUCUCACACUGCUGCUCUCAUCACUGCCACCCUGCUCAUAUUUGACACUGGCUGUAUCACCAUUUCCCAGUACAUCCUGUUGGACCCCAUACUAAUGUUCUUCAUCAUGGCCGCAGUGCUGAGCAUGGUCAAGUUCAACCAGCAGAGAUACAGGCCUUUUACUGCCUCCUGGUGGCUCUGGCUGGUACUGACUGGUGUAAACCUGGCAGGGGCACUGGGGGUGAAGUUUGUGGGUCUGUUUGUCAUCCUGCUGGUGGGACUGAACACAGUCUGGGACCUGUGGAGACUCUUGGGAGACCUGAGCCUUUCACUGGUGGAAAUUGCAAAGCACUUCCUGGCUCGGGUUGUUGGACUCAUCCUGCUUCCGCUCUUCCUCUAUGUUACAAUAUUUGCAGUACACUUUGUGGUGUUGAACAAAAGUGGACCGGGAGAUGGUUUCUUCAGCUCAGCCUUUCAGUCCCGUCUAAUCGGCAACAAUCUUCACAAUGCAUCCAUGCCUGAGUACCUGGCGUAUGGAUCCACCAUCACAGUGAAAAACCUCCGUAUUGCUGGAGGCUAUUUGCACUCUCAUUGGCACUUAUACCCAGAAGGAGUGGGAGCAAAGCAGCAGCAGGUGACAGCGUAUCUCCAUAAGGACUACAACAACUUGUGGCUCGUUCACAGACAGGAUGAUAAUGGAUCCCAACCUGGGACACCUGAUCUGGUUCGACAUGGUGACAUCAUUCGACUGGAGCACAAAGAAACAACUCGUAACCUUCACGCUCACCUCCAUGAAGCCCCUCUGACCAAGAAACACUUCCAGGUUACAGGCUAUGGCAUUAAUGGCACAGGUGACACCAACGACCUGUGGCAGGUGGAGGUGUGUGGAGGCCGGAAGGGUGACCUGGUGAAGGUGCUGCGUAGCAAAGUCCGCUUUCUACACCGAGCUAGCGGUUGUGUGCUUUACUCGUCUGGCAAGACACUCCCAAAGUGGGGCUGGGAACAGGUGGAGGUCACCUGUAGUCCCUAUUUGAAGGAAACUCCAAGCUCUCAGUGGAACAUUGAAGAUCAUAUCAACCCCAAAUUGCCCAACAUUAGUCUGUCUGUGCUGAAGCCCCAUUUUCUGGAGAUCUUACUGGAGUCUCACAUCGUUAUGAUAAGAGGUAACAGUGGCUUGAAACCCAAAGACAAUGAAAUGAACUCAAAACCCUGGCACUGGCCCAUCAACUAUCAGGGAUUGAGGUUUUCUGGAGUGAAUGACACAGAGUAUCGUGUUUACCUGCUUGGGAACCCUGUGGUCUGGUGGAUUAACUUGGCCAGUUUAGGAUUGUAUCCUAUCAUGGUGGCCGCGGCAUCUGUAGCCCUCCACAGAGGUUUCUCACUGAGUCAAAAAAGAAUAGAACAUUCUCUGGUGCUUCAGAGAGAAGGAGGACUGCUCCUCCUCGGCUGGCUGCUGCACUAUGCACCUUUCUAUACAAUGGGCCGCGUGCUCUACUACCACCACUACUUCCCUGCAAUGCUGUUCAGCAGCAUGCUAACAGGAAUUACGUUGGACGUUUUGUUGAAAAACACUGACUUGCUACUCCGCCCACCUUAUUGUGAAUGGCUGCAGAGACUCGGGCAGACGGUACUCCUGUUUAGUGUCCUUUACAGUUUCUACCUGUUCCAUCCUCUCUCCUACGGCAUGACGGGUCCUCUGGCACACGAGCCGGGCAGCGCCAUGGCUGGUCUCAAGUGGAUGGACUCCUGGGAGUUCUAGUCAACUUUGCCCGAAUAAGACAAUAUCAUGAUGUAUAACUGAUCUGAAUGCGAAGGACUUAAAUCAGUCAUGUGUCUCACAGACGUAUGGUUUUUGUUUACAUAAAAGGAUAAUUCUCAUAAGGUACUGACUGUACACACUUCUAAAGAAUCUCUACCCGUCAAUGUAUUUAUGUGUCUCAACAUUUCCAAGUAUUGUAGUCUUUAAUGUCUGAAGAAUGCUCUGUGAGGCAGACUUAAAUCUGUGUAAUAUGAAUGCCAGACUGUUGUGGAGUAUUUAAGAAUAAAGAUAAACACAAUAAUCGUCACCAAGCUGCCUUAACUCACAACACAUCUUACAUCCUGGACUUACACAUGGAUACUUGCGUACUGUAAGCUGAAGUGCCUGAAAGGAGCAUGUGAAAGUAAAAUUCAAAUGCUGCAUCUCAGUUUUAAAGGUAACACUUUUUGUUACAUAGUUUUAGGCUAUCAGAGACUGUAUUUUUGUUUGCAGUUGUCUUGAUCUUAGUGCCCAGUAUUUUUGUAUUAUAUUUAGCCAUUAAUGCUGUUAAGUACUGUGUACAACUACUACUGACUCUCUGUGUCAUACGUACAUAUCAGCAUGAUCAAUAAAUGGUAAUAUUCUUGUA